GUUGCGCAUGAAAGGUGACCCGCGCUUUGACCGAAUUUUCCCUCCAAAGCAACGUAUUUUAUUUACUACUUCUCUAAUGAGGCCUGUGACAUUUGUGAAGCGGUUUGAUUUCCCAGUAUACGGUGUCGACUUUUCCGUCGACGACCAGGUCAUUGCUGCAGGAGGAGGUGGCGCUAAUCGUUCAGGCGUCAAGAACAAGCUGAUGUCAUUUGCCGUUGACGAGAAAAACAAGUCAUUCAAGGAUCUUGCUCAAUUGGCUCUUUCCGAUGAGGAAGACUGCCCAAUGUCCAUUGCUUGUCAUCCCGAGCUCCCUCUAUUUGCUGCAGGGAUUAAUGGAACCGCUCAGGAUAUUCAACAAGGCAAAAACCCUAAUUGUCGACUGUUUAGCUUGGAACAUGGUAUUGAACCGGUCCGUGAGAUUUCGACCAGUACUCAAAAAAAUGCGGAUGAAUAUCAAAAGGUCACCCGAUUUAGUCGGUCGUAUCUGGUGACUGGAUUCAGUGAUGGCAAAGUGACCGUGUUAAAGAUGCCGGAUCUGAAACUCGCCUUUCCUCCUCUGCGGUUCAAUAAUAUCCAAGACAUCGACAUUGAUCGAGACGAAAACUACAUGGCCAUUGCCACCGCAAAAGCAUUGAUUAUCGCUUCGCUCGAGGACGGCAGCAUCGUUCAGGUAAUUGAUAGUCCAAAAUUAAAUCGAAAUACGACCUGCGAAUUCCGUGCUUGUCGAUACGCUUCACAAGACCGAGCCAACGAAAAGCUGUACGCUAUUGUCAAUCCAACGUCACGAGGGCGCGGAUUUGUCUGUGCGUGGCGUGUGUAUCCUCACCAAGCGAGAUAUCUACGAAGGGCGAAAACAGCGAGUGUGAGUCGGAAAGGUAUCACCAGCUUUGCCGUAAGCCCGUCAGGCCACGUAUUGGCUUAUGCAUCCACUGACUUGACCAUAGGCCUCAUUGAUGCGCAGACAUUACGUCCCUUGCUGCGUGUACCUGAUGCUCACGGCUUUGCCAUUACGAGCUUGAAUUUCAGCCGAUCGGGCGAAUUUCUGGUAAGCGCAGGAGCCGACAAUUGCUGCCGCAUGAUGGUUGUACCCAAAAAUUUGGACCUGGGUAAGUGGCUCCCUUCUGGAUAACGAUGAUCCUUUUACUGCUCACUUGAACUCACAUCUGCUUAGGUUACGAUUACGCUACCCCCAUUUACGCAUUCCUUUGUAUGUUAAUGACAGCAUUAUUGGCCCAUAUCAUUGUAGAAAUGGCCAAAUAAAACAAGUAAAGAAGAAAAAACCGUAAACACUGUAAUAAAAGUUAUGUAGAC